CUGCAUGCCCCUCCCUCCUGGAGCCCCGCCCUCUGCACUGAGUCAGGCUUUGGGAAGUUAAUCCCUCUGUCUGGCGGCUGUGCAGCCUCUUGGUAAGUGUUCUCUGUCCUGCUUCCCCAGGGGAAGCCAGAGGAGAAGACCUACCUUGCCAUGGACUCUGGGGUCAGCAACUGUGGGCACGAUGGCAGCUUGCAGACAGAUGAUGGAGUGCUCAGUUUUCACACUGACGGCCAGGUCACAAGAAAGAAUGGACAGUCUAAGAGUCCCAGUAGCCACCUGGCCUAUGGCGUUUUGGACAUCCCACCAUGGUAUCUCUGCAUCUUCUUGGGGAUCCAGCACUUCCUCACAGCCCUGGGAGCACUAGUAGCAGUGCCACUCAUCCUGGCCAAGGAUCUGUGCUUGCAGCAUGACCCCCUGACUCAGAGCUACCUGAUCAGCACCAUCUUCUUUGUCUCUGGCAUCUGCACUCUCCUGCAAGUGCUUUUUGGGGUCAGGUUACCGAUUCUCCAGGGAGCAUCCUUUGCUUUAUUGGCGCCUUCUCUGGCCAUGCUCUCUCUUCCAUCCUGGAAGUGCCCAGAGUGGACACUCAAUGCCAGCCAGGUGAAUGUCAGCUCACCUGAGUUCACAGAGGAAUGGCAGAAGAGGAUCCGAGAGUUGCAGGGUGCCAUCAUGGUUGCUUCCUGUAUCCAGAUAAUGGUGGGAUUCUCAGGCCUCAUCGGCUUUCUCAUGCGCUUCAUUGGCCCCUUGACCAUUGCUCCGACCAUUUCCCUGCUGGCCCUGCCUCUCUUUGAUCCUGUUGGCAAUGAUGCUGGAAUCCACUGGGGGAUUUCCUUCACGACCAUCUUCCUCAUCAUGCUGUUUUCUCAAUUCCUGAAAAACAUCCCGGUGCCUGUGCCUGUGUAUGGUGGAGAGAAGAAGUGUCACACCUCCAAGUUCUACCUCUUUCAGUUCUUCCCUGUGCUGCUGGGUCUCUGCAUUUCCUGGUUCAUCUGCUUCGUGCUCACGGUCACCAACACUCUCCCCUCGUCCCCCACUGACUAUGGGUACCUGGCCCGCACUGACACCAAAAGCAAUGUCCUGAGCCAGGCCCCUUGGUUCCGCAUCCCUUACCCAGGACAAUGGGGCCGCCCCACCAUCAGCCUGGCUGGAGUCUUUGGGAUCAUUGCUGGGGUGGUCUCCUCCAUGGUGGAGUCUGUGGGUGAUUAUUAUGCCUGUGCCCGGCUGGUGGGAGCCCCACCCCCUCCAAAGCAUGCCAUCAACCGCGGCAUUGGCAUCGAGGGUCUUGGCUGCUUAUUGGCAGGAGCCUGGGGGACAGGAAAUGGCACCACCUCCUUCAGCGAGAAUGUUGGGGCACUGGGUAUCACCAAGGUGGGGAGCAGGAUGGUGAUUGUCACAGCAGGCUUCGUGUUGCUCCUGAUGGGUGUUUUUGGGAAGAUCGGGGCUGUGUUUGCCACCAUUCCAACCCCAGUGAUCGGGGGCAUGUUCAUUGUCAUGUUCGGGAUCAUCAGUGCUGUGGGGAUCUCCAAUCUGCAGUACGUGGACAUGAACUCAUCCAGGAACCUCUUUGUCUUUGGCUUCUCCAUUUACUGUGGCCUCACCAUUCCCAACUGGGUGAAGAAGAACCCUGAGAAGCUGCAGACAGGCAUUCUCCAGCUGGACCAGGUCAUCCAGGUGUUGCUGACCACAGGCAUGUUUGUUGGAGGAUUUCUGGGCUUUCUCCUGGAUAAUACCAUCCCUGGAAGCCUGGAGGAGCGAGGCAUCCUGGUAUGGAAUGAAGUCCAGGAGAAUUCCAAGGAGACUACUCUGAAGUCUUCGGAGGUUUAUGACUUUCCCUGGGGCAUUGGCACCAAGUUCUGCACGUCCUCCUAUAUCCGGGUCCUCCCCUUCUGGCCCAGGCUGGACCACAGUGACAAAGGUGAGGUGGGCAUGAGCCAGCUUGCCUACUGCUCCCAGGCUUCCUCCAGAAAGCACCUGACAGGUGCCGUAGAAACCAGGAUGUGAGGAGAACGGUCCUCCUGCAUGGCCGAGCCCUGGACAGACUUCUGCCUUUGCAAUAUGCUGGAGGUGCCCACCCUCUCCAACACCUGUGGCACCUGUACACCAUGGCAGUCAGGAAGCUUCAGGUUAUAAUAGUGACCUAUGGGCUCUGUCCAGGUCACUUGGUCAUUGUAUUUGACCUUGACCUGUCCUUCUGUUAUUCUCCCAGCUCUGGUGUGGACAGGUGUGGCUGCUGUCCACACAGAACUCUGCUCCACCAUUGUGCUUUGCAGUAUUUUGAAAGAUUGGGAGGAAGAGGCCUGGGUAGGGUAGGGACAGUGGUAGCUCUUUGCUGGAAGGUGACACUGAAAGCGCACUUUAUUCCCCUUCACCAAUAUAGACCCAGUUUUCAUAAGUCUCUCUUUGAUCCUAUCUGCUUUUUUUAAAGGAUGAACUGCCACUAAGGGCUAUCUUUGAAGAUUCAAUGCACACUAACGUUUGGUAGGAAGUCACCAAACCCAGCACUCUCUAGUCCCAAGUUAUGGGAAAAGAUCACACCUAGAAGGGUGCUGGCUGAAAAUACUGCCACAACACAACAAAAAUCAGGCACACGUCACUUAUUUUUUUAAUUUUUUGAUACUUAAACCCAGGACUUCAGACUUGCUAAGGAAGCACUCAACAACUAAGUUACAUCCCAGCCUUCUUAACAUUUUUUUUUUAAAUUUUGAGACAGGAUCUCAUUAAAUUGCUCAGGCUGGGUUCAAACCUGUGAUCCUCCUGCCUCAGCCUCCUGAAUAGCUGGGGUUGAGCAUGCACCACCACACUCGUCUCACAACUCACUAAUGAACACAGAAACAUUGAUCAUUUAUGUCUUUCUCAGAUCCACUGGCCACAACUCUCACUGACUUGGGUGAACGAGAUAAGAUGUAUAUAACCCACAUGUCAGAGGAGGCUACUUCCUGAAAUACUGGACAACUGAGACACCCACCUGUCUGGGACCCAUUGACCUUCCCUGGAAAUAUCAUAAAAGGUUCUUCUGCCAGGUGCAGUGCCACACACCUGUAAUCUCAGCAACUGAGGAGGCCGAGGCAGGGUGAUUGCAAGUUUGGGACCAACCUGGGCAGCUUAGCAAGACCCUGUCUCAAAAUAAAAGAUAGAAAGGGCUGGGGGUGUAGCACCACUGAGUUCAAUCCCCAGUAGCAAAAACAACAAAAAUAAUAACCCCAAACUCCCUUAGGUCAAGGGAUAAGAUUGAAGGUCAGAGCCAACAAUUUUCCAACAGUGCAUGGUUCUUGUUAAUAAAGCUGUUUCUCCAUCA